AGCAAAAACUUCCCCUUCCCCACUUCAUCGUCGUCAGAUCUGGAAAAUAACUACCGCCCCUUCUUCUUGGAGGUUCCAGAGCCCCGCCGGAAAACCCGUUUUUCUCGGAGGAUCCGGACAUGGAUUCUUCGGAGCCACGGCGCAAGCGCAAGCGCCUCCUCCGGCAGUCGACGGCGACGGCGAUUUCUCCGCUCCUCACAGUAAGGUCUUUCCUCUUGUGCCUAUGCUUCUUGCUCUUCGUCUACCUUCUCUCCUUCAAAAUCCCCAUAGCCCCCUCCUCCUUCCACCCCGUACUGGUCGUCUCGAGCUUCUCUCUGCUCUCUUCUUCGUCUUCUAAUGGCGUCGAGUCGCUUCCAGGCGUCGAUCGGUUCUUGCUCCCGAGAAUCGAGGGUAGGGUUUUGUUCCCGGAUCACAUUCUACUGCUGGUCAGGAAAAACGGGUUGCCUGUUCACGAGAAACUGGAGUGUGUGUAUUUCAGUAGAGAAAGUCAGAUUUCCUCCCAUGUAUUGUCCUCUGAUGAUUAUGAUCAAUCUAGGGUGAUUUUCAGAUGCCCUCUUCCGCCCGGGAAUAGUUCAGCCGCGGUGAAUUUGAGAAAAGUUGGGGGGAAACCUGUUGUGAAGGGGAGGAGAAAUCAGACGGCAGUGGUGGCUUCUUGGGAUAAUGUGGUGUAUGCCGCCGCGUUGGAUGGGGACAGCGCGGUUGUGUUCGUGAAAGGGCUGAAUUUGAGGCGAGACAGAGAAUCCAGCCCGAGAUGGUUCAGUUGCCAUUUCUGGUUAGGGAAGAAGGAGGAUCGCCGGAGGGUUGAGGUUCUGCAGACUAGGGCUGUAACUGCCGCUCAGGAGGUGGUCAGGUGCCAGUUACCCGCGAGCAUUAAAGAUUCUCCCGAGGAAGCGUUGGGCGGUAGAGUUACAGUCGGGACGAUGAUGACGGCCCCACGCGGCAGCCGCCGCGGAGAGGAAGGCCGCCGCUUCCUCUUCCCUUCCGUGGCGGAGGUAUCGAGGGUAGAAUCGGGCGGGAAGAAGCGCGGGCUUUGUGCUUGUACGAUGGUGUGGAACCAAGCCCCGGCUUUACGCGAAUGGAUCACUUACCAUGCGUGGCUAGGCGUCGAGCGGUGGUUCAUCUACGACAACAACAGCGACGACGCGAUCGAGGACGUGAUCGGUGACCCCGGGAUGCGGAACUUCAACGUGACGAGGCACGUUUGGCCGUGGAUCAAGACGCAAGAAGCCGGGUUCUCGCAUUGUGCCCUGAGGGCAAAAUCGGAAUGUGACUGGGUCGCCUUCAUGGACGUCGACGAGUUCUUCUACCUCCCGUACUCCUCGCUGCAUUACCAGUUCCGUAAACCCGGCUACGCUUCCCAAAAUGCCCUCCGUGACUUGGUGAGGAACGUCUCUUUGUCGUCGUCGUCGGGAACGCUGGGAGAGAUCAGAACGGCGUGCCACAGUUACGGCCCGUCCGGGCUGGACAGGCCGCCCGCGCAGGGAGUCACGGUGGGGUACACAUGUCGGGUGAAGAGCCCCGAGAGGCACAAGUCGAUCGUGCGGCCGGACGCGGUGGACCCCACGCUACUCAACGUGGUGCACCAUUUCCGUCUCAAGAAGGGGUUCAGGUUCAUGGACAUGCCUCAGGGCGCGGCGGUGAUCAACCACUACAAGUACCAGGUGUGGGAGGUUUUCAGGGCCAAGUUCUUCAGGAGGGUGGCGACUUACGUGGCCGACUGGACGGAGAAUCAGAACGAGGGGUCGAGGGAUAGAGCGCCGGGUUUAGGGACAGAGGCCAUUGAGCCACCCAAUUGGCGUUUGCAGUUCUGUGAGGUAUGGGAUACUGGGCUUAGGGACUUUGUCUUGGCUAACUUUGCAGAUUCUUCAACUGGUUUUCUGCCCUGGGAAACAUCUCCUCAAUAUGAGCAGUGAAUCCCAACCAAUGAACUACUAUCAUUCUUUCACCAUUUUUCAUCACUCUUCUUUUUUCCUGAUACAUAACUGUAGUGCAGGAUAGAUUUUGUUUUUUUGCAUAUAUGGAUACUUUUGUAACAGUUU